GUGUAACUGUGUUAAGGUGGUUCUGGUUUUUCUUCAUUGAAUUUUCACUGAUUAAGUUCCUUCAACAUCAGAAGACACGGUGUUGGUUUUAGUUCACUUGGCUGGAGUGAUGGCCGCUCUGUCCCAUGCUGAUUCUAAAAGAAUGUAUUCAUGGUGGUGGGACAGUCACAUAAGCCCCAAGAAUUCGAAAUGGCUCCAAGAAAAUCUGACAGAUAUGGAUACCAAGGUGAAGCAAAUGAUCAAGCUUAUUGAAGAAGAUGCAGAUUCCUUUGCAAGAAGGGCAGAAAUGUACUAUAAAAAGCGCCCAGAGCUCAUGAAAUUAGUUGAAGAGUUUUACCGGGCAUACCGGGCAUUGGCUGAGAGAUAUGAUCAUGCAACUGGAGUGAUACGCCAGGCACAUCGUACCAUGGCUGAAGCAUUUCCGAAUCAAGUCCCUCUGGUACCAUCAGAUGAUUUACCCGGAGUUUCCUCCAUGGAUACUGAGCUGCAUACACCAGAGACACUUAACCAUUCUCGUGCAUUUCUUGAUUCAGAUGAAUUGCAAAAGGAUGAUUCAACUCAUUUCCAUGCCAUUAAACGAAAUGCAUCUUAUACUGAUGAAGCUGAUUCUACUACAAGCAGAAAGGGUUUGAAACAGCUAAAUGAUCUAUUCAUGUCAGGAGAACCUGUAAGUCAUACAAAGUUUGCAGAAGGGCGUGCUAGAAGGGGGCUCAAUUUUCUUGACACACAGGAGAUUAAUGGGCAAGAAAAUGGAAGCCAUGAUACUGGGGAUCGUGUCUUAUCUGAGUCAGAACGGAUGACCAAGGCAGAGACAGAAAUUUUGGCCUUAAAGAAAGCACUUGCUAAGUUAGAAAGUGAAAAGGAAGCUGGCUUGCUUCAGUAUCAGAAUAGUUUGGAGAGAUUGUCUAAUCUGGAAUCGGAAAUGUCUCGUGCAAGAGAGAAUUCAGAAGGACUUAACGAAAGAGCAAACAAAGCUGAAGCUGAAGUUCAAACCUUAAAGGAAGCUCUUACUGAAUUACAGGCUGAAAGAGAAGCUAGUCUUCUUCAGUACCAGCAGUGCUUGGAGAAAACAUAUGAUCUGGAGAAAAGUAUUUCUUCUGCUCAGAAGGAUGCAGGAGAACUUAAUGAACGAGCUACUAGGGCUGAAACUGAAGCUGAAUCCUUAAAGCGAGACCUUGCUAGAGUAGAAGCUGAAAAGGAAGCUGCCCUUGUUCAAUAUAAACAGUCCUUAGAGACGUUGUCAAAACUAGAGGAAAGAUUAGUACAAGCUGAAGAGAAUGCAAGGAGAAUUAAUGAGCAAGCUAGUAUAGCAAAAAAUGAAAUUGAGGACAUGAAGUUAGAAAUUGCUAAACUUACUGAAGAGAAGGAAGAUGCAGCUCUUCGUUAUCAGCAAUGCUUGGAGAUAAUUUCCAGUCUGGAGUAUAAACUCUCUUGUGCCAAAGAGGAGGUGCAUAAGCUAAAUUGCAAGAUAAAUGAUGGGGUUGAACAGUUACAUAGUUCUGAACAGAAGUGUCUUAUCUUGGAAACAUCUAAUCAGACUCUGCAAUCCGAAUUGCAGUCUUUGGCACAGAAAUUGGGAUCUCAAAGUGAAGAACUUAGUGAGAAGCAGAAGGAAUUGGGAAGACUUUGGACUUGCAUACAAGAGGAGCGGUUGCGGUUCAUUGAGGCUGAAACUGCUUUCCAAACUCUUCAGAAUUUGCACUCUCAAUCUCAGGAAGAGCUUAGGUCUCUUGCCACUAAGCUUCACAAUAAGGCUGAAAUUUUGGAGAAAAUGGAAUCCCAUAAGCAGGUUUUAGAGGAUGAAGUACACAAGGCCAAGGAGGAAAGCAAAACUCUAAAUGAGCUCAAAUUAUCUUCAUCUUUGUCUAUAAAAAAUUUGCAGGAUGAGAUAUUAAAUUUGAGGGAGACAAUAAAGAAACUUGAACUGGAGGUUGAAUUGCGAGUAGAUGAACGAAAUGCUCUUCAGCAAGAAAUUUACUGUCUUAAAGAGGAGCUUCAUGAUGUGAAUAGAAGACAUGAAUCCAUGAUGGAGGAGGUCAGAUCAACUGACUUUGAUCCACUGUGCUUUGCCUCAUCUGUGAAGAAAUUGCAAGAUGAAAACUUAAAGCUAAAGGAAAUAAGUGAAUCAGACGAAGAUGAGAAAGGAGCUUUAAAGGAAAAACUGGAGAUCAUGGAGAAUAUUUUGGAAAAAAAUGCUGUUUUGGAGAAUUCCCUCUCAGAUUUAAAUGCUGAACUGGAAAGUGUCCGUGGAAAGGUAAAGGUAUUGGAAGAAACUUGUGAAGCUUUGCUUGGGGAGAAAUCCUCUCUUGCUUCUGAGAAGGCCACCUUGUUUUCUCAGUUACAAGCCACAGCUGAAAAGCUGGAAAAGCUCUCAGAAAAAAACAACCUUUUAGAAAGUUCACUGUUUGAUGUGAAUGCUGAGCUUGAAGGAUUAAGGGUAAAGUCAAAGAUUUUAGAAGACUCUUGUCUGUUGCUUGACCAUGAGAAGUCCAGUCUCAUGUCUGAGAAAGAAACCUUAGUUUCACAAUUGAACGUCACUCAUAAAACACUGAAAGAUCUUGAGGAGAAACACAGUGACUUGGAACUGAAGCAUCUGGAAUUGAAAGCAGAAAGGGUGUCCGCACUUCAAAAGUUGGAAGAGCUCCUUGUUUCCUUAUAUGCUGAGAGGGAAGAACAUUCCAGAAUUGUGCAAUUGAGUGAAAGUCACUUGGCUGAGAAGGAAUUACAAAUUUAUAUUCUACAAGAAGAUGCAAAUUACCAGAAAAAUGAAUAUGAAGUGGAACUGGACAGAGCUGUACAUGCUCAAAUGGAAAUCUUCAUCUUGCAGAAAUGUAUCCAGGAUUUGGAGCAAAAGAACUUCUCCCUUCUAGUUGAGUGUCAGAGACUCUUGGAGGCAUCCAAAAUGUCUGAUAAAUUGAUAUCUAAAUUGGAGAAUGACAAUGUUCAAAAGCAAGUUGAUGUGAAUUCAUUGUCUGACAAAAUUGAAGUACUAAGGAUUGGGCUGCUUCAAGUGUUAAAGACUCUUGACAUUAACAGUGAGCAUUGGUGUGAAGAUUUGAUUGAAGAAGACCAGGAGCUUCUGAACCAUAUACAUGGCAAACUUCAGGAGACACAGAAUUCUUUUGUCACAAUUUUCAAUGAAAGCGAGCAAGUGGCCAUUGAGAAUUCAGUUCUUGUUACAUUCCUUGGCCAGUUGAGAUUAAAGGCCGAAAAUCUUUUGACAGAAAGAAAUGCCCUUGAUAAGGAGUUGAGGACCCAGUCUAAGCAGUUCUUGGCAUUGCAGGUAAAGGUACAAAAGAUUCUGGAGAAGAAUCAGGAAUUGAAGUUGACAAUUAGCAAGGGAGAAGAGAAAAUGGAAGUGAUGACAACUGAAAUAGAGAAUCUAUGCAAACAGCUGUUAGACUUGAAAGAGGAUUACGUAAACAUAAAAGAAGAUAGUGGCAAAACAAUUGAAGAGAAAAAUACCUUGAUGAGAAGACUUCUGGACCUGGGUGAAGAGAAAAGUAGGUUGGAAGAAGAAAUCUGCAUCAUGAUUCAUGAGACAAUAGCUCAAUCUAAUAUUUCUCUGAUCUACCAGAACAUUGUCUUUGAAAAACUCCUGGCACUUGAGGUGCUAAGCAAAGAUCUUGAUAGACUUUGUUCAGUAAAUAACAACCUUGAGGAGAAAUUAAAAAUAAUGAUGGGCAAAUUAGAAGAUACACAAAUGGAAAAUUCAUAUCUUAAAGAGUCAUUUGUAGUGUCAAACAUUGAACUAAAAUUAGUUCAAUCCGUCAAUGAUCAAUUAAAUUGUCAGAUUAUGAAUGGAAAGGAAUUGUUGUCUCAAAAGGAAAAUGAGAUUUUGGAAGCAGCAGAAAUGUUUAGUGCUUUAAAUGAUGAGAAAACAGAAUUGCAAAGAUUGGUGGAAGAUCUGAAGAGCAAGUAUGAUGAGGCCAAGGAGAUACUUGAAGACCAAGCUAGUCAAAUUUUAAAAUUAUCCUCAGACAAGGAUCGUCAAAAUGAAGAGCUUGGAUGCCUUUGUGAAGUGAAUCAGAAGUUAGAGGCUAAAAUGAGGCACCUGCAUCAAGAACUUGGAGAAACUAAACUGAGGGAAGAGAAGCUUAGUUAUGAACUACUUAAGGGAACAAAUGAGAUCGAACAGUGGGAAACCAAGGCAGCCACACUCUAUACCAGACUGCAGAUUUCUGCUGUCAAUGAGACAUUAUUUGAGGGGAAGGUUCAUGAGCUAGCUAAUGCAUGUCAGAAUCUCGAACGCAGAAGCAACUUUGAAGGCAUGGAAAGUGAAAUGCUGAAAGAAAGGGUUAACAGGUUGGAAGGUGAAAACGGGAGACUACAUGGUCAGUUGGCUGCUUAUGUCCCAGCUGUUAGUGCUUUGAAUGAUUGUAUAACAUCCUUGGAGAUGCAGACGCUUGUACAAGCAAAACCUCAUGACUUCAAAGUAUCUAAGGUUAAAGAUUUGGCAAAUCAGAACUACACUGAAGAUGAUCAACAAACUGUUGAAGAUCAGAAUGCUACCACAACAGAUGCUCUUCCGGACUUCCAAGACAUGCAGAACAGGAUCAAUACAAUUGAAAUGGUUGUUAAAAAGAUGAAUGAAAGUUUCAAACCUAAGGAUGAAAUGAGAGAGAUUCAAAUGUUAAAAUCUGGAAUCAGGUGGCGUCAAGGAAAUAUCCAAGCAAGUAAGCAAUUUACUCAAAUGGAUGAAGCAAAGGAGAAUCCAGGUGGACCUGCUGAUGAACAGAAGACAAGAAAAUCAGUGUCAGAUAUCCUUGUAGCAGAAAUUGAAGUUCUGCCAAAAGACAUCAUGCUUGAUCAAACGAUUGAAUGUUCAUCAUACGGGGUGAAUAGGAGAGGAAGUCUUGAGUCUGAUGAUCAGAUGCUUGAAUUGUGGGAAACUGCUAACAAGGAUGGCGCUAUUGGUCUGACAGUUGGCAAGGCACCAAAGACAGCCACUGCACCUACUGGAUACCAUCAAAAGAGAGUGACCAAGGAACCCAAAAACAAAUAUCCUUCAGUAGAGUCCUUGAUUGAGAAGGAGUUGAGUGUGGACAAAUUAGAGAUCUCAAGAAGAUUGACACAGCCACAUCGACAUCCACAUGAAGAUGGCAACAAGAGGAAGAUUUUAGAAAGACUUGAUUCUGAUGCUCAAAAGUUGACAAACCUUGAAAUUACUGUACAAGAUUUGAUGAGCAAGAUGGAAAUUACUGAGGAGAGCACAAAGGGAAAAGGUAUUGAGUAUGAUACUGUGAAAGAGCAGCUUGAAGCUGCCCAAGAAUCCAUCACAAAGUUGUUUGAUGCCAACCGAAAGUUGAAGAAGAAUGUAGAAGAGGGUACCUCAUCCUUUGCUGGGAAGUCUGCAACAGAAUCAGAUGAGAGUGGAAGCAUAAGCAGAAGGAGAGUUUCAGAACAGGCUCGGAGAGGGUCUGAAAAAAUAGGACGGCUGCAGUUGGAGGUGCAAAGACUGCAAUUUUUACUUCUAAAGUUGAAUGAUGAAAAAGAAAGCAAAGGAAAAGCAUUGAUUGAUGAUCGAAAUCCAAGGGUCCUUUUGAGAGAUUAUCUCUAUGGUGGGACAAGAAGAAACUACCACCAGAAGAGGAAGAAGAAAGCACCCUUUUGUGCAUGCAUGCAACCUCCUACUAAAGGAGAUUAAUUUGGCUGAUUUUUAGCGUAGUUUAAGAUUACAUGAGACAUUUGCUUUCUUGUUUGUAAUUUUUUAUUAGUCUAGAAAUGGUUCAAGACCCUACCUGUUUAUCUAUGGAAAGGUUGUAGCGUAGAGACCCUGCUGUACAUGUUGUGUAAUGUUCACUCAGGAGAAGAAGCUAGGAUGGAAUUUUCACCAUUUCGUUUUCUG